GAAAUGCACAGUGAAACCUUGAUAGCUGAUCCACUCAAAAGUUUUAAGGAGAGGAAGGAAAAAUGUCGACUAAAAAAGGACACACGCAUGCCAUCAGCUCACCUUCCUAUCAAGACGCCCACUAAUUUUUCAGCCAAAAAUCGAAAUGCCUUAACCAUGAUCACCUGGGAUGAUUUUCAAGGGCUGAAUGUUAAGAUGAGAUACCAUGACGGACGAAUUCAAGUGGAUGAAGCUGGCUAUUACUAUGUAUAUGCCAAGACCUGCUUUCGAUACGCUGAGGAACACGACUCGAGCAAAGAGGACGUCAGCAAUGUACAGUUGCUUCAAUACAUUUAUCACGAGAAGCACACACAGUCUGUAAUUACACCUAUUCUCCUUACAAAAAGCGGCGGCACUCUGCAGUGGAACAUCGCGAAGUACAACAUGUACUGCGUGGAGCAGGGCAGAGGCAUCCAACUGAAUAAUAACGAUGGUAUUUUUGUCAAUGUAUCCAAUGCAUGGCUACUGGACCCAGCAGCUGACGGGACGUAUUUUGGAACUUUUAAGAUAAGCAAUUGAUUUGCAUCAUUUUUGCUACUGAACAUGUUAAUGCACAUUUUGCAACCUUACGAACUUUUUUUUAAAGUGACCAUGAACCACUGAGCACUUGUUUUUGAUCACUGACUUUUGAAGUUUUGUUCAAUAUAGAUGACUUUUAAGAGCACGUUAUAACUUUGCACACUUCUCAAUUGUGCCAUUGAAGCUCUUAAGUACCAGCACUAGAAAACCAAGAAUGGAC